AUGGAUCAUACUAAGCAGACUGCUCGUAAGUCCACUGGAGGAAAGGCUCCUAGGAAGCAGCUAGCCACCAAGGCUGCCCGUAAGUCUGCUCCCACAACUGGAGGAAUGAAGAAGCCUCACCGUUACCGCCCUGGAACUGUUGCUCUUCGUGAGAUCCACAAGUACCAGAAGAGCAUGGAGCUGCUCAUCAGGAAGCUUCCAUUCCAGAGGCUUGUUAGGGAGAUUGCCCAGGACUUCAAGAUGCCGCAGCUACUCACUUCUGCUGCUACUCUUGCACUGCUGCUGCUGAUGCUACUCGUUAUGGAAUUCAUUAUGGAACUUGGUGCAGUGUACCAUCAGUCACAGUUGCUGACUGCCGAUUUCUUACUAUGGAGGAACAAGAAGAUCCCUGGCAGGGUGCUCGCGGGCACCAACGACCAUGUUAUGAGAUGUGCUGCUGGAGACAUGCCGUUAGCAAACUGGAAGUGA